GGCGUCCGUCUGUAAAUCCUUCCGGCCACUCAGGCAGUGUACCCGCUCGAACUUUCCCCCUCCGUUCGACGGGAAUUGGAGACAGUGCUUCUGGCGGACUGGUGACAAAUAAGGACCUGAUUGUACCAGUGUGAUUAUGGAGCCAACUAGCGAUGCGGGAGGUGCAACCAUUUCUGGUUCAACUGAAGAGAGUUACUUUAUGAGCUAUACCUUCACAGACAGGUUACACUCGGUACGAGUUGCUCAGAGUAUAAUGGAUCUGUGCCUUGAAGACAGGUUGUUUGCAGAUGUUACCAUUUCUGUGGAAGGUAAAAAAUUCCAGCUCCACAGGCUAGUCCUUUCUGCUCAGAGCUGCUUUUUCCGCUCCAUGUUCACCUCUAACUUAAAGGAAGCUCACAAUGACGUGAUAGAAUUAAAAGAUGUGAAUGCAAGUGUUUUCCAGCUACUAGUGGACUACAUCUACCGAGGAACUGUAAAACUAAGAGUGGAAGACCUCCAGGAAACAUACGAGGUGGCGGAUAUGUACCAAUUGACCUCACUUUUUGAAGAGUGCUCUCGGUUUUUGGCCCGGACAGUUGAUAUCAGGAACUGUUUACAAGUCAUGUGUUUGGCUGAUCAGCAUAGUGAUCAGAAACUGUAUACAGCAGCAAAACAGUGUGCAAAAACACAUCUGUCUCAGCUUCACAAAACAGAGGACUUUGUGAAACUACCAAUAAGAUUAUUCACGGACAUCAUUAAAGAUGGUGUUCCCCGCUCUCAGAAACCAGCCAAAGCAAUAGAAACCUGGAUUGGUCAUGACAAGGAAGAACGAGCACAAUACUUUGAGAACCUGGUAUCCAGUUUAAAGGAAAUUGGUGAAAUUGUUCAUAUUUACCUGAUUGGAAAAGAGGACACUCGGACACAUUCACUGGCAGUUUCUUUGCACUGUGAUGAUGAUGCUAUCAGUGUCAGUGGGCAAAAUCGAUUACGCCAGCAGAUUACUGCUGCAUGCAAGCAUGGAAGUGACCUGUACGUUGUAGGUGGCCCCAUCCCACGACGGAUGUGGAAGUGCAACAUGGAGACAAUGGACUGGGAACAAUGCGCAUCACUACCAAGAGAUCGUCUUCAGCACACGCUUGUAUCUGUCCCAAGUGAAGAUGCCAUUUAUUCAUUAGGUGGGAAAACCCUUCAGGAUACACUUUCCAGUGCUGUCAUUUAUUAUGUGGUCUGUGAUAAUGUGUGGGUUGAAACUAAUCAGCUGGAGACUGCAGUGUCUUGUGCUGCUGGUGUUAACCUUAAUGGAACUAUCUAUCUACUGGGUGGGGAAGAGAAUGACCUGGACUUCUUUACCAAACCAUCUCGUCUCAUUCAGUGUUUUGACACACGUUCCAGGACAUGCCAGUUAAAGUCAUAUCUCCUCCCGUUUGCAGGCCGUAUGCAUGCUGCUAUUCACAAGGACCUGAUUUUUAUAGUAGCUGAGGGAGAUUCUUUGGUAUGUUACAAUCCACUGCUUGACAGCUUCACCAGACUGCGUUUCCCAGAGGUUUGGAGUCGUGUGCCCUCCCUGUGGAAGAUUGCCAGCUGUAAUGGGUGUAUUUAUGUUUUCAGAGAUAAGUGUAAAAAGGGUGAUGCAAAAACAUUAAAACUGAACCCAGCCACAUCUGUAGUAUCAGUGAUAAGUGGAAUUGAGAUAUUGCUGACAAAUUGGCAAUUUGUUUUGGCGUGAUUCUAACCAAGUACAGUAAACUGCAGUAAAAAAAAUAUUCAGGACAGUUUUGCAUUGUGAAAAUUUAUGAAGAUUGGCUGUCACAAUUUAAUACAAUAAUUCAGUCAAACUGCAACUGUAUUUUUUUUCAAAAGCUGACAGUGUUCAACAAUUUCUGUAUAUAUCAGGCCAAUAUAGAAGUUAACUGCAGUUUUUAGGAUUUAAUUUGUUGGGUGAAUAAAGCUAUUUUUUUAAACUUCUGCAGACGACAACAAAAUUUCAGUACUGUGUUUGUUUUCUAAGACAUUAAUUGACCUAAACUAUGUCAAAAUUAUUGUCACGUUCUAUUCCAGACCGAGACAGAACUAUAUAAGCAAAAAGAGCAUAAAUCAAGAUAAGCAUUAUACCAAUGAAUAAUACUUAUAUAAAAUAUUUUCAAUAAAGUACAUGACUUUGUACUAAUGUAAUGUCAGUAACUAUGGAAAAGAAUAACCACAAGAAAUAUGUGUUGUAACAAACGCUUUGUUACUGGUUUAAACAUGUUGCAGGAGAGGUUUCCUUAUAGCCCUGUGUGUGGAUAAUAAUCAAUAAAAUAAAAAAAAUUGUAAAUACACGUCCUAAGAGUUUAUAUACAUUAUGAUUUCUGGUAAGUAUAUUACUAAAGGUGAUCUUGUGGAAUAGUGCCCUUCAGCAUUAAGUAAUUGGUAGUUUGCAUCUAAUGUACCAACCCCUGCAAGUUUCUAAUUUUUACCAGGGAUACUUCUUAUCUAAUGGAUUUUUUACAGAAAUUUCAAAGAAAGUACCUAUCCAUUUUCAGUCUUGGAGUAGAGCAUAACACAGAGUAAGAUGGGGUCAAGAAAAGUGGUUAACAAAAUUAUGGUAGGAGCUGAAUUGCUGUUAUUAAGUUAGCUUUGCUAGAGUUCCAAGAGAUGAAAAUGCUAGCAGUAGAAGAUUCAAAUUUGUUCAAUCUCUAAAAGGAGGCAGGAUAUUUACAUUCAAAUACUUUCAUUAUACAAAUUAGUAACGUUUGAUAUCAAUAGAAUACUUCUGAACAGUUAUUUGUUACCCAUUUAUAUUAAGAGUAAAUAGACACCAUGCCUUUGCAAUUUUAUAACUGCAAGGUAGAUUUAUUACACAUACUAUUUUACUACAAAAGCAUGUAUUUGAACUGCCCGUGACAAGUUGGAAGACUUGCUCUUGACCCCUCUAGCAGUAAAAUAAGCAAGAUGAAGAUUUUGAUGCAACCUUUAACCUUUAGAUUUUGUCUUGUUCUCUGCAUAGAAAGGCUAUUCGCAUCAAAGCAUUUUGUUUAAACUAAAGUAACAUGUUAAAUUUUUAAUAAAAUGAAAAUUAAAGAAAACAAUUCGAUACCAUUUGUAUAAUUUGUACAGUAUGUUAUGAGAGUAUGUAAUUGGUUCUCAGCUUUUCAGAAAGGCGGUUUCAGUCCUCUCUUGAUCUGACUGCUGGACACAUCUUGUUGAUGAAUUGAUGGUACUUUUAUCAACCCCAUUGCAAAAGUAUUAGCAUAUAAAAGUAAAAUGAAGGUUACUGAAUUGAUAUAAAACCCCAUUUUGUUCACGAAUGUUCUUCACAGUUACUGUUGGUCUGUCUUACUCUGUGAUUCAUUCAAAACUAUCAGUUCUGAGACAGCUAGCUCGACAUAGGCAAAACACACACCUUUGCCAACAUCAUUCCAGUUCCAGAAACAAAUAGAAUUCUAGAAAGAUGGAUCAGCAACAUCAUCACUCUGAAUCACAAGCAUUUCUUGUGAUGGAACUCAAUGACAGUGGAUUAGUCUUUGUUACACUAGUUUUACUUCAGAUAUACUUUAUCAACUUCCUUAAUGAGUUUUACAGCCAGAGAAAGGUUCCCUUAUAUAAAUUCUCUUCACACAUUUAGGAUCAUUGCCUGCAAUUUCUCAUCGUAUUGUCCAGCCAAGUGAAACUACUAUCUCCUUAUCCCAUUCUAAUUUAUUCAGUCAUAUCUACGGAACAUAUUGUGAUUAUUUCUCUUCCCAUACCAUACCCUUAGGGUGACUCACAAAGACCUGUUCAGGGCUUCCAAUUUCUUACCUUAGAAACAUCUGAAAACACAACAUUGGUUUCCAUGUGUGAAAAAUUUCCCCUAGCUAAAUAUUGGGAAGACAAAGCUUUUGUGAUCAAUAUCCAUCAGGAAUUCCCUAGCUACUGUCUCUAUCACUCUCCCUGAAAACUGUAUGAAACUGUUUAAAACUAGUAUAUCAUUUGACUAUUGGAUGAACCUCAGACCACAGAUUUGUAGCUCUUUUAACUUCAAUCAUAUCACUUACUUCCACUCCAGCCUCAGCUCAUCUGUAGCAUUUGUUUCCUUGGGAUUUGACAAUUUCAACUUCCCUUUGACCAGCCUUCCUUCCUUAUUCACUGAAAAUAGAACAUCAGAAUUCUCGAGACUAUUGCUUAUGCCCUAUUCACCAGCCAUAUGCGUUCAUUGGCUCCAGGUUAGCUUAAAGUAAAUUUAUUAUCAAAUAACACAUAUAUCAGCAUAUACGGCCCUGAGAUUCAUUUUCUUGCAGGCAUAUGCAGUAGAUCGAAUAACCAUAGUAGAAUCGAUGAAAGACUGCACCCAACAGGACAAACAGCCACUGUACAAAGGAUAACAAACUCUGCAAAUAUGAAGAAGAGAAAGUAUUAAUAACUAAUAAAUAAAUAAUCGAGAACAUGAAAUGAUGAGUCCUUGAAAGUGAGUUCAUAGGUUCUGGGGACAGUCCAAUGAUGGAGCAAGUGAAAUUAUCCCCUCUGGUUCAAAUGACUGAUUGUUGAGGGGUAAUAACCGUUCCUGAACCUGGUAGUGUGAGUCCUGAGGCUCAUGUACCUUCUUCCUGAUGGCAGCAGCAAUAAAGGUGCAUGAUCUGGAUGGUGGGGGACUCUGAUGAUAGAUGCUGCUUUCCUACUCAACACUCCAUGUAGAUGUACUCAAUGGUGGGCAGGACUUUUCUCAUGAUGUACCUAAUGCCUUGAUUGUAAAAUGUAACUAUUUUCAAAUCCAUUACCUUGUCCUCCCUAUUUCUGUAGCCUCAACCACCUUGCAAACCACAGAGAUAUCUGUGCUCCUCAAAUUCUUGAUAUUUGCUCAUCUUCAAAUUUAAUCAUGUUGUGGAUCAUACCUUAAACUGCCAAAGUCUAUAGUCAGCAAUUCCUUCCCCAAGCCACUCUGCCAUUCUUUCCUCUCUUAAAGUACUUUAGAAACUAACCAAGGUUUUAUUCAUCUGUCCUGAUGUCUCCUUGAAAUUCUUGUCAAAUUUUAUUUGAUGACAUUCCCAUCAAGGACAUAUGAAUGUUUAAGUGCUUAAAUGUCUUAUAUAGCAGUUUGUUGCAAGGAAUUUAUGUACAAUUGUAUCCAUCAUUGCUGUUGUUAUUUGUUGUGAUAAUGGUUUAUAAAUACCAGAUUAAA